AUGGCUUCCCAACAUGCUUUACCUGAUGGUCUCACUAGGUUAUCUUUCUUUGACGAUGAUGAUUUUGAAAUUGACACCAAUGGGGAGAGUACACUUGUUCUCACAAAUCAAGCAUGUUCCACCUUACUUGGUUGUCAAGAAUCUCUUCCUCACGUUCAUUAUCUAGGUCAUGAGCAUGAUAACCCACAACCGAUUUAUAGUCUUUUAGCUCAUACAUACUCUGGAGGAAUUACUCUAUCAGGUCAUGUACUCAAUUUAUCUUCUAAUGGACCUCCUUCCAUCCGACCUACAAAUGCAACAGUUCAACAAUCCAAUCCAAUUUCGAUCCAUAGUGAUGCUUUCACCGGAACUUUCGAUAGUCUUAGCCAUCAACGUGCGGGAUACAAUGCAUUUAACGGUGCUACACAACCGUCAUUAUGGGAAUUUGGACCGGGAGAAUAUCAAGAUCAUGGUCUUGUACGUAUGGGUACUCACGAAAGACCUAUUACCAUAACCAACCCUCAACAACCUAAUGGUCACUUGGAGGCAAUGCACUUCUUAGCUACCAGUGUUACCGAAGGAGUUCCGUACUCUUUAGGUUUUAUGGGAUGGAGGAAUGAAGAAUUAGAAAAUUCGAUGACUCGUCUCGAACCGGGUGAGAUUCAUUAUGAAAAUACUGAAAACCAGAUUUUGGUUGCUGUUUUACCCAUCAACUGGGAGGAUGAAGGUGGAUUGGAAGAUGUUCCUCUGACUAAUGGGUACUGGUCAUCCAGUCCUACUCAGGCGGAGGACGAGAGUUCUACUCAGGUAGAGGAUGAGAAUUAG